AUGCCGCCGUUUCGAUGCUGGCAAUUCCAGGGUGGACUUCUCAUUACACUGCCAACAUUUUGCGAUGAGAUUGCCGCUUACUGUGUGUCGAAUGCCGAUGAAUCAGACGUUACCAAGGAUUAUCACGCACUGAUUGAUAUGAUAAAACUGAUGCGAAGCGGUCUCCAAGCGGUAUCACUAAGAAUUAAAGAGAACAGCAUCCUUUCCCUUAUCUAUCGGCUGAUGCCUGGAUUGUUGGAGUGGAAAACUUUAUUAGCGUAG